AUGCGGACCCAAGGUAUUGACGCCAUUGAAGCUAGAAUGGGUUGGCUACAGAUUGACGACAAGUUCCAGACUCCUGGCAUCUUCGACGUUGAGAUGACUCAUCUUCCCAACGAUCAGAGCCACACGAUCCCACAGGAAUCGACCUCUUCGGAGAUGUCAAACUUGAAGCCAUCUGAUGCAACGAAAGUCCUCUCGCUGACUUCGUUUUUCCUGAUCUGGCAGCGUGGCCACCGCGUUUUUGCUACUGGUAUGGUCCCCGUUUAUGGCGAAAUUGAUAAGCUACGUCUAUCUCUUGGCCCGUGA